ACCCGUUUGUCCUCCUCUUUGCGCGUGCUCUCCGUCGCCUCUCCUGUGCGAGCUCGCGUUGUAAGCUUCGGCGUUUUAGUUCCGCAAUCUCUCAUUCAAAAUGUCGGUCAGCGAGCUUGCCUGCACCUACGCUUGCCUCAUCUUGCACGAUGACGGCAUUGCUAUCACUGCCGAUAAGAUUGCGGCUUUGGUGAAGGCUGCCAAUGUUCAAGUUGAGGGAUACUGGCCUGGGCUUUUUGCCAAGCUUUGCGAGAAGAGGAGUGUUGACGACCUCAUUACCAAUGUUGGAGGUGGUGGUGGUGGUGCUGUUGCCGUGAGCGCUGCACCUGCUGCUUCUGCUGCAGCUGAGGCUGCUCCCAAAGAGGAGGAGAAGAAGGAGGAGCCGAAGGAGGAGAGUGAUGACGAUAUGGGUUUCAGCCUGUUCGAUUAGAUUUUCUUUAUCGGAUAUGAGAAGCUCUGGUUAUGCUACAAUCCGGAACUUGUGUGUUACACUUUUUUUGUCGGAGCGCUGUAUUUCCUGAGGAUGAAUACAAUGUGUCCUUGUCAAGAACCCCUUUUUUAAAUUU